AUGGAAGUGAUCAAGGAGCUCCACGUUGCUGUGGCAAAUGCCUGUGAUGCCUCCUUUGACAAUGCCUACAAACACAUGAAAUCCCAUAUUGAUGCACACGCCAAAGAGGCAGAAAUUAAAGAAUCAAUAGCCAGUCAAGCUCAGCGGCGGUCAGAGACCAGAAUUCGAGAGCUUGAGCAUGAUAUCACGGUACUCCGGAGUGAGCUGCAACAAUAUGAAAUGGAUCCACGGGAUCUUGAACUUCCCGGGAAAUAUGCCAAUCUAGAGACCGAAUUUGACCCGAAGUAUCUGUGGGGAGGUGACCUGGAUGAUGGUGAUGAUCACCGCGCUGCUCGGAAGUCUCGGAAAAGGGUUGAGGCCAAAUACACCGCGCUUUAUACAAAUUUACAGACAUUCAUCCAAACUUGGAGUAGUCUCAAAUCCCGCGUGUUGCAGCAUAAAAAGAAGUUACGGCGAUGGGAUCAACAAUUAGAGCGUGGAGAAUUCUCGCUUGUUCUCAAUGGCCAACCCGUCACGUUCCGCAGACUGGAAAGUCCCAACCCUGAGGAUGUCGACGAAGAACACUCGAAGGCCCAAGGCUUUUCAAAGAAACGUUCAAGAGAAGAGUGUCCAGAUAUUCCCACCAAGGCCAUCAGGUUGCGAAGGUCCCGUGCAGAUGAUGUGCAUGCAGAUAUAAAAGUUGAAGAUGAUAGCCAAAGACUAAUUCAUGGCCUAAUAUCGGAGUCGGCUUCCAUCCAGUCUAGCUCUCCUAGACCCGAUAUGGAACCCUCGGAAUCUUCUGGUACAACAUGUCUCUUAUCUGAUGCCCGCCAGAAGCAGACUCGGCAGGGGCUUUUCACAACCUUUCCCGACAAACAUCUCGAGCAUACUCAGCCGGCGGUCACCAGAUCGGAGCGCCCUACACUUGUCAAAAAUGAGAUCUUGUCCUCGAGUCCAGGCCGAGGUUCAAUGCACAACAGUGAACAGCAAUUUGUAAGCACGCAAGAUCUCGAUGAGAUAGGAGACAGGAUAAGCACACCAAUCAAACGGAAAGCCUACCGGGAUGUCAAUAAUGUAGACGCUUGGAAUUCAGAGAACGAUACAAACAAUGCACGUCACUCAAAGCGAAUUACAAUCGGCCAGCAAACAUCCCAACAGUCAUCUGUACUCCAACCAGUUGAUGGCAACACACGCAGGGCCACAUUAUCUGCAUUGGGGUCUUCCACAAAACGCCUUCAAGAUCUAGAGCGACGCGCAAUACCAGCUCUGGCAGAAGAUGGUGACGAUGCGAUAUCCUUAUGGACGUCUUCGAAAAUCGGCUCCGGUGUCGAUCUUGGAUCUUCGGGAGCAAAGGCAAAUGGUGAGUCUGCACAGGGACGUCUAGAAAAUCUUCUAGAACGAUCGGUACCUUCCAAAUCGCCACUUCAUUUGUCGAGCAGAGUCUCCGGCCCAGACCAAACAAGGGCGACCGAUACACCGCACAGUGAUCAAACAACACCCAAGAUGUCAAGUCAAAUGUUUCCAGACAUAGACCCCGAUGAUGAACCAUUCAGGGCAAGACCUCUUCGUCGUCUUGGGUUGGGACAUUUCAAAAUCAACCCAGCUAGAAAUCAAGGGCUUGAUUACGCAUAUAAUGCAGUUGUCCGAAAGAAGGAUGACCGCAAAUGCCUAUCAGGUUGCACUCGCCCGGGAUGUUGUGGGGAUCGGUUCCGAGCCAUGGCCCGCCUUGGGGGUCUCCCCGGUAAAUCUGGAGCAGAACAAGAGGAAGAAGAUCAGGCAGUUCUCGAGGAGUUUGUCGGAGAAGACACACAAUUGCUUCGAAACUUGAGUGGCAAAGAGCGUGAAAAUCUCCUGGUGGAAGCGAGAGCCAGGGCGCUGGCCAACCAGUAUGGACGACAUCGGCAUACUCACCAACGAGCUCAAUCCCCUCCUGGCUUCUGGAGGACUGAUAUGCCAGAUACACAAGAGGAGGAGGACGAUCUUGAAGCUGCCAAGAGGUUGGAGCGUGAGAGAGUGGAAGAGCGAUAUCGAGAGGCUAUGCGCCCUGGGGGGUUAUGGACAUGGGCGGAUGAAUAA